GGCGUGGCGCGUGGGGGCGCGGGGAUCGACCAGGCGAUGCUCCGGUUCCGGCCUAUCGCCCCGAAGCCGGCAGCGGAGGACCCGGGCCAAGGCGGGUCGCAUGUGGGGAGCAAGGGGUGGCUACUUUCGGGCGCGAGGACCAAGAGGAAGUACGUUAGGGUUCGCAAGGCCAAGGCCAAUAGUAAUUGCAGCGGUAAUAAUAACCACGACAGCAGCAGCACCACCAAAAGGAAAAGAGCAGCGCAAGGGCCAAAAGAAAAAGGAGGGCCUGAUGAUUCGUCGGGGCUGGAGAAGCGAAUAGUGACCCUCCAAUUGUUGCCUGAGAAAGCUGAUCAUGGAGAAUCUAAAGCGCUUAAAGCAAAGCCUGAGCAAUCUGAGAAGGAGGAACCUCAAUGGCGGGGCAGCAUCGAUCGCUGCAGCACCCACUCUGGUCCUGAAUUUAGCACCGUGAAUCUCGCCAUACCUAAUGUGGUCCCGCCCCUGUGGUCUAGGUCGGACCCCAUUGGUCUCAUCCACCCGACCUUCCAGUCGCCUCACCGGAUGCGUUACCCUACGGUGCUGGAAUGCUGGGUGAUCGUGGAGUCCGUCGCCGACACCCACAUUGACGCGCAGGACCACCAUCAGCUGGUAGGGCUCACCGACGCCGAGCGGGUGAGGAGUCUCAAGGCGGACGCGUGCCCCGGGUUCCUAGCGGAUCCGAGCAAUCGGGUGAGGUGGGUGAACGGAGCGUUCGAGAGGAUGGUGACGAGAGAGCAUCUGGCGGACGACGGCUCCGACGGCGGCCCGCUGCCGGUAGAGAUCGCGGUGCGGGUGGUGGCGAAAGAGGAGCUGCCCAAGACACGCGCGGCCUUCGCGUGUAGGGCGACGUUGAGGCGGCGGCACCAUCCGUGGUGGGGCGAGGAGAAGUGGGCGGCGAGGAUAGUGCCGUGCGAUGUGUGGAGGAUGGACGAGAUGGGAGGGUUUGCAUGGAGGCUGGACGUCAAAGCUGCACUCAGCUUGGGGCUCAGCUGACACGACCCGAUAAUCCCGGGGGCCACCGACCGGGCAAUGAGGGUUCGGUAUGAUCAGGUGAUCUGCAAUGAAGUGAGUUAUGCAUUCGACAGAGAUUGAAGCUGAAAAAGAUCGGUCAAACAUGGAACAAUGUAGAGUCCGAAGCUUGGAGACUGGAGGGAAUUUGGUCUAAAGCUCAUAGCCUCAAAAGUAUUCUGCGGUUUUAUGUACCUAUGGAAAGAUGAAAGUGGUGGCAAAAUAAAUCUAUUUGUUUAAGUCUUGUAUGUGGUGAUAUGCAUUCGGGAAAUCUGGAAGAUCAGAUAUUUCUGAUGAAAUCGAUGUUAGAUUCUAGCUGUGGCGACGAACUAAUCUUGCAAAUGUAUAUUAGUUGUAAUGUGUGCUUUGUGGGAAUUAAAAAGGCAGGAUUUGUUUGUGCCACCUAAAACUUUUUUUUUGGCAAUUGCACUGUUACUGUGUAAAAGGUGGUUUUUGUGGAA